UACUCUGUUGAUGCUGUCAUUGUUGGGGUUGCUGCUGUUGUUGUUGUUGUUGUAGAUGGUAGACUACGCCAUCUCGGGUCGAACUGUUGAUGCUGCGAUUGUUGGGGUUGCUGCUGCUGUUGUUGUAAAUGGUUGGAAUUAGGGUUCUAGUGCAAAUUGAGGAUGGAAUUAUAAGGGUUAGGGUUUUGUAUCAAUAGAAAGGAAGUAGCAUCAACAGCAGCAGAUAGUUCGACCGGGGAACCUCCAGAUGGCAUACCUCUUGGUGGGUCUACCAUCUACAACAGCAGCAGCAUCCCCAACAAUGGCAGCAUCAACAAUGCUCAAUUUGCUUAAAGAUUGCAGUUUUUCUUUUUAUGGGGUGGGGAUUGUUUUGUAUAUGAUUCACUGUUUGGUUUAUGUUUUUGGUGUGGAGAGGCAAUCUUUGUUGGUGGAGUUUGUAAUUUGAGGGAGAAUGGUGUUGCAAUUGGUCCUUGGAGCUGAUUGUUGAAGUAAUAAUAUGAGAGUGACUAGCAUGGACUCCAAUGAAAUUGGAAAUUGGAAGGGCUGUGAUAUGAGUUGUUUAGCUUGUUUUGAGUGAAAUGGGCUGUGGCUUAACUUGUAUUUUUGUUGCCUUUUCUGUAAGUUAAGGUUCAAGGUGGCAAUGUAAUGUUUGUUUUAGUAGAUUGAAAUGAGAUAUAAAGUUAGAUUUUUGGACCUGCAGUUGAUAGGCAAUGUGAGGGAAUACGGUUUUCUAUUUUAAGGUGAAAUUCGUUUAGGCAUUCUUUGGGAGUUUUGGGGGGAGGAAAGGGGAAGGCUUUGAGGGGAAGGGAGGGUAAGCUACUAAGCCCUCCCCUUGUUUGGAAGCUCAAAAUUCCACCAAAACCCUCGAUUUGGGGGACCUCCACAAAAUAACUAGAGGAGAGUCUUGGAGGGUUUUCAAAAUUUUCCCAAACCCUUACCCCCUUAUUAAAAAGCUCUCAAACAAGGGGAGUGGCGUGCUUCUCAUAAGCCUCCCCUUUCCCUUCCUUCCCCUCCAAAAUCAAACUUGCAAACAAAGCCUUAAAGUUAAAGGAAAUCUCGGCAGCAAAUAUUUAAGAAAACUGGUUUUUGAUUAAAUAAUGAGCAAAUAAAUAAACUUUCUCUGGGAUUUUAUAGGAUUGGUGCCUUCUGUGCUUUAAAUGAAACUACAAUGCUUUGAGCUUGUGUUAGUCUUGGCGUAGAAAGUUUUGGAUGUUUCUCAUAGAUUUAAUUUUAUGAGGGGGUGAUGUAUUUCUACUUUUUUAGGCAGAAGCUGGAUGUCUGUACCUCAUGAAACUUCCUUGUAACCAAUAAAAGACAACAAAGAGGGGAUCUGCUCAAAUCAAGUGCUGAGUGCAGGGGAAGUUUAAGAGCGGACAUGCUAUUUCAUUAAUUUCCCAGAAUUUCUGUUGUGGCAAUUUCCCCUCAAAAUGCUGUUCAAACAAGGAAAAGAAUUUUGUAACUCAAUGAAGCAUGAAUAGAUGGCGGUCAAAGUUGAGGCUUAUCAAUUACUUCAUUUACAUUACAGGAAGGAUCCAUCCCUAAAAUCUGCUGUAUAAAUCCUUCAGUUUUCUUGUUUCAGCAUAGUAAUGGAAGUGGUAGCAGUGGACCCUUACACAACUAAUCCAGGUCCAAUUGAUGGUUCAGUUCUUUAUGAUCAAGACAAGCAUGUCUCCACAGCAGUUUGGGAGGGACAGCAGGAGCGUGGCGCCCUGAGAUGUCACGAACACACUUCAAAGCUUGAUCAGUGGACACUUACACCUAAACAGAUUGAAUUGGUAGAGAGAGCUGGAUUUGGAUACUUAAGGUCAAUUCCAGCUAUUAGUCUAGACAAUCCACUUAUCUCUGCUCUAGUUGAAAGAUGGAGAAGAGAAACAAAUACUUUUCACUUGAACGUUGGUGAAAUGACGGUAACUCUUAAAGAUGUUGCCCUCUUACUUGGGCUGGCAAUUGAUGGAGAACCUGUAAUAGGUAUUACAUAUACCGCAUGCAGUUCAGUUUGUGAAAGGUAUCUUGGCAGAACCCCUGAAUCUGGUUACACAAGUGGCGGAAUGGUGAAGUUAAGUUGGUUGAAAGAGUUCUUUUCUCGCUGUCCUGAAGAUGCUCCAUUUGAAGUGAUAGAGCAACAUACUCGAGCCUAUCUUCUUUACCUUGUAGGUAGCACCAUAUUCUCCACCACUACAGGGAAUAAGGUCCCUGUAAUGUAUUUGCCAUUAUUUGAGAAUUUUGAUAGAUGUGGACAAUAUGCCUGGGGUGCAGCAACGUUGGGAUUCUUGUAUAGAGCACUGGGAAAUGCCUCACUAAAAACUCAAAGCACCAUUAGUGGCUGUUUAACUCUACUGCAGUGUUGGAGUUACUUUCACCUAAAUAUUGGGCGACCAAAGCUCAAUCUUGAUAUGAUUCAUGAUCGAUUUCCAUUUGUCGUUAGAUGGAAAGGAAAACAAAGUGGCCCGACUGCAAACCGUGAUGUAGUAUUUUAUCGGAAGGCUUUGGAUUCCCUAAAACCAUGUGAAGUGGAGUGGCUCCCUUACCGGAACAUGGAUAGUAUGGUUAUUCCAGAACAUAUCAAAAGCACUUUAAUUCUUGGAAGGUCAAAGACAAUGUUGAUAUGCUUUGACAAGGCAGAAAGACAUCUUCCAAAUCGAUGCUUAAGGCAAUAUGGCAUGCUUCAAUCAAUCCCGGAUGAUGUGGAGCGUUGGGAGAGAAAGAGUAGAGGAGUUGAUGGCGGGGUUGAUUUGUCUGGGAAAAUGGAAUCAGAGCUCAAUGAAUGGAUGGACCGCCAAUUGCAUAUUGUUGAUGGGGAUGAGAGUGUAGAUGAAAGUGAGUACAUGGAGUGGUAUCUGAGAAUUACUCGCAAGUUCAUAGGGAGGCCUAUUUCUCUGUCAUCCGAGUUUCAGAGAACGAAUAUAAACAAAUGUUUUCAGAAUGCUGGUCUGAGGGAUAUUGCACACAUAGCAGAUACCUUUUCAACAAAAGGGCUAGAUCCACAACAAAUUGAUUCAAUAUCUAGGAUCAGAUAUAUUGCCCAUGAAUGUUUGAGAGACCAAAUCGGCGGUCCAGUCAUCGCAUCAGCCAGCCCCGAAGUUGAAAUCGGAAAAAGGGUAAGAGGAAAAGAGAGGGUUAGAAGAAGAGGGGCAGGUAAGCGAAUGCGGAAGGAUGGCGCAGUUCAAUAUAACGCUGUUAGUGAGGAUGACCAACCUCAGUACUAUGGCACUGCGAUUGAUAUUGAUCAAUUACAUCUACCUCAUAUUGAUAGGGAGCUGGAUCACGCCCAAUUAUGUAAUGUGGACAGCGCAGAUCUGAUUCAUGCAGACGAUGAUGCUGAGAAUCUGCACCUCUGUGUUGAUCAAUCAGACCUAGGCUAUGCAUCUGUUGAAGAAAAUAACGCAGAGUCAGAUGAUGUAGCUGCUCAGUUUAACCAUGAAGAACUGAAGCGCGAAGCUGAUGAGGCCAUCAAGGAAGAGUUUAACCAUGUGACUGGUGAGGAAAAUAUUGAGCAUCUGAAUGCAGCCAAUGAUAUUCAUGAUGCACAACAUUGCGAUCCUAUGAUGAUUGAUAAUUCACUGCUUUGUGAUGCAAGUCAUGAGAUCAACAACACGACGAUGCUUUCAGAUGUUUCUGCAGAGAUCAAUCACGCACAACUUGGCGAUGAUGCAAAUGAGAUCAACCCACUGCAAAUGAAUCCAGCUGACAAUCAUGUUAAUUCUCCACUUUCCCACAUUAACACUGAAAGUGAAUCACCAUCUUCUGCUGCUAUAGCAGCAAUAGAAGUGUCUCAACAUUCUUCUAUUGAAACUCAUGAGGAUAUUUCACAGAAUGGUGAUUGUAGUGUUGCUGUAUAGAGUGAAUGAAUAGCAUACACUUGUAGAGAAGCAAAAUUUUUCUGGCAGACUCAAUUUCAAGAUGUGAUCGUGCCAUGUAUAAUUUACAUAUAUUCAUUUUUUU